UAGACAACCAGGAAGUAAAAUUUCAAGAGUUCAAAAACAGUAACGUUAGCUUUAGAAAAGACCCAAACAAUAACAACUUUUGGAGAAUGUCAGAGAUACUAGAAAAAAGAUUCCCAGCAACUGACAUAGUAGUUCUUUCACGAGGAGACGGAUGCAAACUAGUUGUGCAUUUGUUUGGUGCAACAGUUUUAUCUUGGGAAAAUCGUGGUAAAGAAAUUUUGUUUCUAAGUGAAAAUGCAGUUUUCAACAACAAAAAAGCAAUAAGAGGUGGAAUUCCAAUUGUCUUUCCUUGUUUCGGCCCAUGGGAGAAAGGACCACAGCAUGGCUUUGCUAGAAUUAAAAGAUGGCAAGUAGAGAGUCCUCCAAAGGAAGAGAAUGGCAAUAUUGUUUGUUGUUUAUCUCUAAGUGAUGAUGAAGAAACCAGACAAAUGUGGAACUAUCAAUUUAAACUUUUGUAUACAAUACAGUUAGGAGCAUCAUCAUUGACAUUAAAACUUACAAUAUGUAAUACAGGAAAUAAAGAAUUUGAUUUUACUACAUUAAUGCAUACAUACUUUAGAACAGGUGAUAUAUCACAUGCAUCCAUUUCUGGUUUAGAACAACUCUCAUAUAUAGACAAGGUAGCUGAUGGAAAAGAAGAGGUUGAAAAAAGAGAAUUUGUUGUUAUCCCAGAGAAUUAUGAUAGAGUUUACAAAAAUUGUCCAAGUGAAAUAAUAGUAAAAGGAGUAACAGAGAAAUCUUGUGAUGUUUUAAUUAAAACUCAUAAUUUUCCUGACAUAGUGGUAUGGAAUCCUUGGGCUGAUAAAGCCAAGGCAAUGGCUGAUUUUGGAGAUGACGAAUACAAGACAAUGAUAUGUGUGGAGGCUGGUUAUGUUAGUAAACCUGUUACCAUAGGUCCUGGAUCUGAACUACACUUUAGUCAAACACUAUCAAUGCUUUAAUAUAUUUUGUCAAUGAUUAAACUGCAAACUGAGGGCCACAUAGAAUGAAUUAUUAUAGCUUUAUCCUCUCAUUUCCUUCCAGUUGUUGUUUUGGGUUUUUUCUGUUACAUUUUCUCAAAUACUUCUUUAAAGUUCCCGUCAACUUUUGUGAAAUAUAGGGGAAAAAAGUCCUCAUGUUAUUGUGGAAGAAAUAAUAGCAUCUAAAAAAUCAUUUUAUUUGGCCUGAAUAUUAUUUUAUAUGACAUUUUAUUUAUACUUUAUGUAUGCAUGUUGGGACUUAUUUUUAUAUGUAUUUUCAAUGGUUAUUUAAUGCAUUUAUAUAUAUAUAUAUAUAUAUAUAUAUUUAUCAUGUUUAUAUACAUAUACUAUGAUCUACAAAUAUUGUAGUGUUUAUGAACUUAAUUGUUUGUUGUUAUUUAUAUCAUAUAUUGACAAUAUUAUUUCGUAGGGUAGCAAUAAUAAAAGUUAACAGAA